AUGGACUCAGGAAGCGCCGCUUUUGGGAGGAGAGAGCCCAACAAGGCUCAGCUGCGAAACCAACUUUUGGGCAGCGAUAUUGGAAACAUUAACGUGGCCAAUGAACAGCCAAUGCCCGUUAUGGCAGAAGCUAGCCACUCUUAUAGUCUUCCGGGCAAUCGUCCGCCACCAGCGAACUUUUCCUACUACUCACAGCAGCCAGGAUACGGUAAACCUCCGCUAAACUCAGGACGUGCAUCUUUUGCCGGCUACCCGAAUGGUGACCCUCGGGCAUCCUCAAUGACAUCGCAGUCGAGCAACCGAUCGGUUCAGCCCCACAGCAUCUCAAACCUGUUCAGGAUGCGCAACGGCCGUUCCAAGAACAGCGUUGCAGACGAAGAGGAAGAAACUUUAAUGGAAGACUCUGACAGUUCCAUUUUGACCUUCAACGACAUCUCAUCGCUGCGCAACAGUGGCGGCCGAAGGUAUGGGGUGGGUCCAGGCGUGGACGAUACGUCACCCAUUAUUCCAACAUUAAUGACAAAAGGACAUAGCAACAUGAACAACGUUGAGUAUCGAAAACAUUUGGCUGCGCAAAAGAAAAUGACCAUGAAUGCCCUUACGAAACAAAACCAGAAAACUGGUGCGCGGUCUGCCAACAGCGAUCCUCGAGCCAUGUCAUUACAGUAUUCCCACAGCCCGUUUGUUCCACAUUCACAACCGGGUGCCCCUGUAAACCAAAUGCCGCCUUAUACACGGGCCAAUUCUAUGAUGGCUGGACCGCCGCCACAAGUCCGAAAUUGGAAUCCACAGAUCGGUGGUGGAGAUCCUCAAUACCCACGGCGUCCAGCUGCAAAUGCAAAUGGCCCCAGAACUAUGUCAUUGGCCUCUGGCACGGGUAGGAGACCUAUGGUUGCACCUCCACCAGGUAAUUAUAGACCCAAUCCUGUUAAUUUACCUCAAAGAGCACCAGGCGCCCCAAGCCCACUAGGUCCACCCAAUGCAUACUCCUCUGCUGGCCCCCAAGGAUCACUUUAUCCACCAAGUCAGUCGCCCCAAACCUAUCAAGAUCGAAGCUUCGAACAAAACCCGACAGCUUUCAACCAGCAAUCAGCUUCAUCUUCGACUUCACAAACUCACGCUCAAGACUUUCGUCUGCCAAUCCCGUCACAAGUUAGUAAGGAGAACGUUACUCCCCUUUCAUCCUCAUCAGCGGUGAGCACGACUAGUCUAUCCUCAUAUCGGGAAUCAAGCCAAACACCGGAAAGUCAGCAUGGUGAAGAAGGUGCACAAGUAAAUGCCGAACCCCAGUACCACGAUAACCAGGCUCAGAAAGGAGAAGUCAACAAUGCAGGUAAAAUAAAUAUCCUUAAGCUCUCCGAUCCUCGCCAAAGGGAGCUCAAGGACGAAGAGGACUCUUCAAGGAAAUUGAAGGUCAAAGAAGAUAACCUCAGGAAAUUGGAGUACGAGCUCCAGCAGCGCGAAAAGAAAUUAGAAGAUAGAGAAUUGAAAGAAGAGAAAAUGGAGGAUGACAUGGCUGGCAGAAUCAAAAUACUCUCUCAAGAGCGUUCACCCAGAUUUCACGCCUCGCAUAUUAAGUCACAGGAGGAGAAUAUUGCUGCCGCUGACCGUAGGCGAUCGCAAAUCCAAUCAAUGGCCACUUUCGAAUCGGCUCUUAGCAGCGACUCGCCAAUAAAAAGGAAUCCUAACCAGGCAACAUUGUACAAGCUAGACAAUACGACUGACACAAACGCUUACUUCACCGCCUCUGAUUUGAUAGAGCGCGAUAAUGACAGAAAUAGAGACAAUGUUUCGGAGGUAACCUUGACGAAAGCAGCAGAGGCAAAUAAAAUAUCAACAAAGCCACAGAGAUCGGCGUCCAAUAGUGAGAUUCAACCUGUAUUGGAACGAAAAGACAGUGGCCUCGGUAAAGCUCGUAGCUUUUUCAGAAGACUUUCUUCCAAAGGCAGCGAUAUGGAGGGCGUUAGAAGACCAUCCAGCGCGAUAUCUUUGAAAGGGCGUUUGAGUACAGAUGUAUUACCGGUAGAGCCUUCGAGCACCAGCGAACAGAAACAAAUUUGGAAUGGAAAGGCCGAUAAUUCAAAAAGGAAAUCAUUUCAUUCUUUGUUUUCCAAUUCGUCUGGCGGAACUAAUAUGGGAGAGCGCGUCAAAUCGUAUGCUUCGCUAGCAAAUAUCGAAGAAAAGAACGCGACGGAUUUCAACUUCGAUGGUGAAGGGAACUUAGAUGAAGAGGCCAACGACAAGACCCUUGAUAUGGAAGAUUUUAAUCAGGGUUUGAAGGGUGUGGAUGAGAAAUCCCUUCCUCAGCCCAAGGUGGCACAUGUGGUUGAAAGUCCUGCGAUCAUCAAUAAGCCUCCAUCAGACACCGAUGACGAUUUCAACUUCGAUAACACUGUCUCUCAGCCAUAUAAGCCAACAUUCGCCUCUGAAGACGAACUUCAGCCAAUAGCGGAUGAAUCUGUGAGGGGCAAGUUCAAGACCGUAUGCGUAUCGAGCUCACAAAUGAGCGUGCUCGCCGAACAAGAAACACUUACGAACGCAAUUGAAUUGUUGUCCAAAGAACUUACAGAGUCUGUGAGUCGCGAAGCUAGACUCGAACAAAAGAUACUCGAAAAGGGCAACGUUGCAGAACAUACACAGCUAUUGUCUGUAAUGGACUUCGAAGUAGAAUUACGGAAAAAAUCAUCUAAAAUCGUGGAGCUCAUUCAACAAUUGAAUGACGAGCGCUUGAAGCGAUACAUAGCAGAGGAGCAGGUCAUGCUGCAAGAAAAUGGCGUAAAGCCUCUUUCGGUAGAGCUUGUGCACAAGAUACACGUUCUCAACCAGCGGCUUCUCAGUAAAGAUGAGGAAAUUGCAUUGUUGACCGAAAAGGUUGGAAAACUCUAA